UACAUAGUUUUUGUGUUUCCAAUUGUGUAUCUCACGAGCUUGCUUGCUUUUUGCAAAAAAAAAUACAUAGAAAAAUUUUAUCUUCCGUCCGUCGUUCGCUCCGACAUUUCAUCACGCUCCCACGUGACAAGAGCUUUGUCGCGCUGCAAUCAACAACAACAACAACAUAACCUGAAGAAGAAGACGCUCGUCGGCGGAACGUACGGCGAGAGUACGCGGUGCGAAACAGUUUUUUUUUGUCCAAAAAACGAAUUGAAUUUGAACGAACGCAGACGAUGAUGUCUGCCGCAACGAUGUCUCCGUCGCCUCAGGACAUUCUGACCGACGUUAGAAAAUUUAUUUCCGGCGCCGUACGAGCGUCAUCUCACAACGCAAACACCCAGGACACCACGCGCAUAGCGUUGUCUUUGCUGAAGAACGUGCCCGCCGCGAGGGAAGCCGUGCUCGAGUACUUUUGCAACGUAUUCUUCGUGGCUGUGACAAAGUACGUUCGUCAGAUCGAGACGAAUCAGAACAUAUCAAUACCCGAGGAGAGCAUUAUAGCGGAAAUCCACACUGUUCUGAGCGGUUUUGUGAACGGCAAUCCAGAAGCAUGGGCGCCCAUCAUAUCCGCCUGGUCAUUGGAUCUGCUCGGCAAAUUGUCAUCGGAUUUUGCAAAACGCGGCAAUCUGCCGGUGAACGCUGGCAUCAACGACUUUCUUCAUCAGUGGAUGUCGUGCCGAGCAACGCGAACUCUGAUAGACAUCACGGCUCAGUGUCUGCAAUGUCUCAUGCACUCGGACACCGAGUCCUGUAUCAAGGCUUUGUUGGACACAAGUGUUCUGCACAGUCCGUAUUUCGACUGGGUGGUCGCCCAUGUGGGCAGCUGUUUCCCGAACACCGUCAUCACCCGGGUGCUCUCGUGCGGAUUGAAAGACUUUUGCUCGAUGGGAUACGAGCACAGCGUCAAGAAUCCGAAGUUAAAUUCCGUUGUCGGCAUACUCGGACAUUUGGCGGGCAGUCACUUCGAGGACAUCAAGAGAGCCCUGUUGGAACUAUUCGAGUGGAGUUUGAAGGAAGACGUAAAUCUGGACGACGAAAUCAAGAAGCAGAAACUGGCCACGGUACCUUUUCUCUUGAACCUGGCCUCGCUCUCGCAAACCCUGUUGAGAGCGAUAACCAGCGAUCUGUUGCAAACGCUGAGACCGGACAUUAUACCGGGUUUGGCGUUGUUCGCGUCGGACUGGUGCAAGUACUUCAGCGGUCAUCCGGCAGCGUUGAUGGAUCUGACGGUGCACCUGAUUCUGGGAUGCGAGCAGGGCGCGUCGCAGAUCAUCAACAUACUCCUGGACACUAAUCUAAACACGAGUAACGUCGGUUAUCACAGCGUGAACGCGGCGCAAAACGUGAAGAAUGUGUGCCGGGAGUUGCUGGAAUUGAUUCUGGAGGAGAUCGAUCUCGUGUUGAGAACGCACGGUCCGCAGUCAACGAGCAUCGCUCUGCUGAGUUCCAUCAAACAGGAGAUAUCGUCGAUAAAACCGAUGCUUCUGAGUCCGAAUCCGCUGCGCGUGCAAACCACCGUCAGACUCUUGUGCUUCCUCAAGAAUCAGAGUCCGAACAUAGUCAUUUCCACGGCGUCUUACAUGCUGCUAAAGGCGCAGACCACGUUUCAUCUCGCGGCUCUGAUACGUUACAUCGCCAAUAACAUCGUUCUGUUUGCCACAAACAAAUCUGGCACGGAAAACAUUCUCAACGGUCACGAUCAUUUCACGCAAGUUCUGGAAGAAGCGCUCAGAGAGAUCGGGUACAAGAGCGUCACGGAGGAAUCGGGACAGUUGUUCAAAAAUCUCAUCACGCUGUUGAGAUGGGAGAUUUCCAAUAAAGCGGCGAUACUGCAGUCGAAAAUGAUCACCAAGGCUCUUAGAUCCAACUUGCAUCAAAUAGCCAACUUGCUGACGAAAACCGACAACUUCGACUUGGCGAACAACAUCGUCACUCUGCUGGAUCUGCUGGGCACACCCGAGAAAGAUCACAAUCUCAACGUCGAGCUUGUGCUCAAGUUGACGAAAGCGGUGACGCAAUAUUUUUUCUUGUGCAUUACGGAACACGAUAUUAUACGAAAGGAACGCGGAGUGAGAAUGGUGUGUCAUUUGCUGAGGAAACUGACGUGUUACUCCUCGUGCGCGCGUGCACUGGCUCUCAGAGAGAUCUUGGAGAACGGUAUCAAUAACGAACCGGCCAAGUAUUUCGGCGCUAAGGAGAAGUUCGAGCCUCGUUUCGAGGAGAUGUUGUUGUUACAACAGAAUCACAAACAAGUGACGAGCACCAUGUUGGCGCAGCGACACUCGUCGGUGUUCCAUGCUGGCGUGAUAGGACACGGUCCCCGAAGACUUCCGCCGGAGAAUUUGAUUCAGGAAGAGAUCAUUAACUUGAACACAAUGUUGUUGAUAGACGUUAUAAAGGCUUGUUGCAGCAGUCAGGGAUCGGGUCAGAACUCCGUAAACUUGGACGCUCUGACGAUGGUCAGUUUGCUGCUGGUCGAACUGGUGUCUCCUGACGUUAUGUACAACGGUCUUCCAUGGCCGGAUGAAGAAUUUACGAAGGUCACGAUAGAAAGGGAUUUACAAAUCCGUCGCAGAUUCAAGGAUGUGCCUUUGUUGUGGACGCUGUUGGAAUUGACCGCCUGGUACAGACCGGCCCUGGCUUAUUGCUCCGUUUUACUGCGAGGCAUCGCCGCGACCGUGAUGGCCAACUGGAACACGAAGGAAGGAGUGUUGCUUCUCAAUAUCAUGGCGCUCGGUCAGUUGUUGCCGCCACCACUGGCGAGUAUCAGAGACAUCUUGCCUGUUUUGCAGCCUCAUCAGAUCAACACAAUAAUGAGGGAAUGCGUAUGGGCGUAUAUGCGCGAAAACGUGCCGUCCCCGGCGUUGUUCAUGCGGAGCGAAGGCGCCAACAUAGCCUGGAGGGACAGCGACACGUCCGUGCCCAACGCUCGCUUCACGGACACCCUGCGUUUGAUACUACUGGCCAAUAUUCACACUUUGGGAUCUUUGUACUCGACGUUAUUUUACAAGGAAAAUAAUUAAUAAAAAAAACUCGAUAUACAAAAUAAAAUGAAUAAAAUGACAUCAAGUGACACUUGCAAGAGUGUAGCGAAAACAUAUCGCGGUUCGCGCGUUCCGAUUUGGACCCCCCGACGGAUUCCGAUUGGUCGCGACGAUACGAGCGAACGGAAAUUUUUAAAGACCGCGCAUGCGCGUUGGUCGAAAUCGUUUCCAUCCGACAGACGUGUGUGUAACACACGUAACAAUAUAUACCCCUAGCGUAUGUAAAUACAUUAACGUACAAUACAAGAAGAAAUGUAUUAUUUUUCGACGGUGUACAAUUAAUUAUUUGAUACAACAACAUUUGUUUUCUAACAUUCCGAACUGAUUCUCGCAACUUUUUUUAGUUUUAUAUUUUUUUGUCUCUUACCGAAAUAUAUACGUGUUUUACAGAAAAUUAUAAGCAAAUGCUUUUCCAAUUUGUCUUUUGCAACUUUGUUCUUGUCCUCAAU